AAAGUCGAAUUACUGUUGGGAAAUAAUCGACGGCGAAAACUUGAACCUGAAAUCAAGUUCCAGCUGGCGGAUGAGUAUAAAAGAGCCGGGCCGAUCACAGGGCAAAUCAGCUUCUUCGUCCAGCAGCAGCACCAGCAGAAGCAACGAUGAAGUCAACGAUGUUAUUGGCGGUGUUGUCGUUAUUGGCUGUGGCUAAUAUUCGUGCUAAAAACAUUGGUACUCUUCGAGAGUUGCCCGACAUUACCUCAGCUUCGCUACCCGUGAGGCAAUGGCAUGCCCAGAACGGGCAGGGUGAGGCUAAUUUCGGCUAUGCUUACCCCGGCCAGGCUGCCAGCAACAUUCGCGAUUCUGAAGGUAACAUGGCCGGUUCUUGGGCUUUUGUCGACGCCGAUGGUAACCUGGUCCGCGCUACCUACACGGCUGGGCGAGAGCAAGGCUUCCUCGUCUCAUCCACCAACGAAGGGCCAGCAGUCGCUCCUAAAGCUCCUGCAUCCGAUCCGGACAAAGUGGCUCCCAUCAUUUCCGGUUGCAAUGCCGUAGGUCGUUCCACCCACCAAAACCCUAAAUUCCGGAUGGUAGGAAGUGUAGAAGCUGGCGUCAAUCAAUAUCCUUUCAUGGUGGGAUUGGCUCAAUACGACGGCGAAAAGGAAGCGUACGUCCACAUUUGCGGUGCGUCUCUAAUUACUCCGACAAAGAUCCUGACAGCCGCUCACUGCGUCACCGAGUACAAGUCUACCAAGCUCAUCAAAGCCAAGAAUUUCGAGGUCCGAUUUGGUAUGCACAAUCAGAAGACGUACGAAAACGACGCCGAGCAAACGCGCAGCGUCCGCAAAAUCAAAAUUCACGAGGACUACAACCCCAAAUCGGUGGAAAACGACGUGGCCAUUCUGACGCUGGACUCGGCCGUGGACUACACGGAGAACGUGUCGCCCAUUUGCCUGGUGCCCAAAUGUUUCAACGGUGACGAGAAAACGGUGACCGCCAUGGGCUGGGGACACCUGCAAUCUGACGGCGAGAAUUCCCACGUUCUCCGUCACGCCGACCUGUCGGUUGUCAACAACAACCGAUGCAAAGAAGAAGUGGAUGAUGGAGACCUGCCCGACAGUGCGCUGUGCGCCUAUGCCGAAGGACAAGACACUUGCCAAAGCGACAGUGGCGGUCCGCUGGUCCUUGAGUAUCCGGAAGACACGGAUUGCCCGUUCAAGCAGAUCGGCAUCGUCAGCUACGGAGACGGAUGCGCCGCGGGCACUCCCGGAGUCUACGCCAAAGUGGCGUCGUUCGUCCCUUGGAUAAAAGAAGUCGCCCAAUUAUAGGGUGAGAGCCACGCCCAAAAAUCAAUCACGCCCCCGACCGCUGACCCUGUAUAACUGGAAAGCCGCGUACGCGACUUGUGUUUGCUGGUUAUACUGUUGUUGUGCGAAUCCAAUCAGCAGUUUUUUAAUUAUUAUUAUUUUGAUCAAUGUAUUUAAUCAAAUUUGUUGACUUCCAUGUCGACUGAUGCGUCUUAUAUUCAAAUACAAUUGAACAUUUCAGCAGCA